CAUAUUCUGUUUUCCUUCUAAGAGAAGAGCUGAUUUAUGUUCAUAAAUGAGAGAUUGUCUACUUUGCUAUUAUCGAGGUCACUGAGGUCUGCCGCCUCCUAAUUUACCACUCCAUGCCAUGUAACGAAUUGGCAUGAAAUAUUUAAGAUGUUCAGGAAACACCGCAUCCUGUGGGAGGCGCACACGCACUGGGGUUUUAAGAAGAUAGAAAGCACAAUCCAAGAGGCACAUGUGACAGCUGCUCAGUUAUUUUAAUAUCUUUGUGUUAAUAGUAAAGUGAAACCUUAUCUUGUGUUCUGAAAUGUCAGUUUUGUUCUGGUGAGACUAGAUCUUUCUGUCGUCGCACACGGAGUCACAAAACUACUGAAAAACUAAUACAGUGACGUUGCAGACGUGCUGCUGAUUUCGUUAAACAUUUUGUAUCGUGGCACCUGAUCAAAUGCCUUGUUUGAUAGUUUUCUGGUACCGGCGUGGCGUGUUUUCUGUUCUUCCCUCCGUCUGCUUUUCCCUCUCGGCGAGGUGGCCUCCUCUACUCUUUGGUGCCAUUUUGCUACGUGCUGCCUGACACGCUUAAUAUCUCUCAUCGUAACGCUCGGAUCCGCACGGAAACCUACUGGGAACGGACACCUACAUUUUCAAGAGGCUGGAGGACAGACCAGUUACAGUGCGGUUGUAGUUGUUUCUCCGUGCGUAAAAUGCGUAAAAAUCCAAAGGAUGACUAUUUACUUCAAAGACCACCAAACCGGUCCGAUGGCUCGACCGCAGUAACGGCGACACAGGGGAGCGGAGGAGAUCCACCACCCGUCGGUGCCGCUGGAGCCUCAGCUCAAACCUCCCGUUCAGACAACUGCGGCGAGCGCAGCUUCGGCCACCCCGAUCCCCCCGGAGGAGGAGAGCCGGACUCGCCGUACAGAACCACCCCCAUCUCCCCUAUCGACAGCCUAGGCGUGUUUCAGACCAGGUCUAUUUUUCACCUCCCUCGCCGUGCCUCCAGUGGAUAUUUCUCCUGCGAAGGCGACUCGCUGCCGAGCUCCCCGCUCUCCCCGAGGCCAUUGACGGCUGACAUAGGCACGCAGACUCCAAGCCACACCAGCCAAAUGGUUAAACACGCCCAAGAGCGCAUGGCUGAGACGCACGGCAGAGGACCGGGGAUGCACCAGCAGCACGGACACUCUCCCAGACCCUCUAGCUCACGGCCACGAAACGCAGCAAGGGAUAUGCAGACAGAGGCAAUCGGGCGAGAACUCCAGCGUAUAGGAGAUGACUACAAUCGUCUCCUACGAAGGAGGGAGGCAGUCAGACUUAGACGGGUUGUCAUCUAUCCUAACCCACUGCCGCACAUCCGCCAGGAGCCCACAAUGCUGUUCUGUGUGGGCCUUCUGCUCCUUCUGAUUGGACGGAUAAUCUACUUGCAAGGCAGUACGAACAGCCAGGACCACUCUCAGGUUUAGCCUUUGGAAAACCCAGCAGACGUAGCAUUUUUCUUCAUCUUCAUGUUGUUGGAUCUUUUGUUUAUGGGGAACUAAUUUUUACCAUCCUUAAUUCCAGUUUCCCAUUUGGUGACGGAGACUUUGGACUUUGUUUAAUUUUGAUGGAGAUAAUUGGUUAACAACUUCAACUUCAAGGAACUCUAAAAUGCCUGGAGCUUUUGCUUUUUCACAGCUGUUUUUCCAUUAUGGUCUCGGAGCCUUACCAAACAGCUGGGAUUUACACUCCUUUCCAGCAUAGAGGCCGCCAUGUCACCUAAAUAUGCCUCCGUGCAAAAUUACGCCUGUGGAAUUUUAAACGUGCCUUGUACAGUUUCCUGUUUACUCUUUUUUAGCUUCUUUUAAGUUGUUUUUGUACAGAGAUUAUGAGUUCUUCAGGCGAUCAACUCUGCCGACCCAGGGUUGUUAAAGUUUGUGGGUCAAGUGCACAAAAUUUCCCCCUAUCUUUUCAUCCUGAAGGUUUCAGGCAGGAAAAAAAUUAUCUUGCACUCCCAUCACGUCAGGAUCCAGCAUGCAACAGACUUGUGACCUGUGUGGGAACAAACUGGACCAAAGUAAUAAUUUUAACCCAACAUUUUUAUCCAACAAUGUUCUGAAACUACUGUGCCAUUUAACGUUUUGUUACAAUGAAUUACAUGUCUGCCUAUGUCUACAUUGUUAGUCAAUAAGAGCCAGCGGUCUGCCAUGCCACACUGUAUUUUUCUCCAACUAAAGCCCCAGUUGGACAGGAUUAAUAUUCCAGGUGGGUAAUAAAAUAUUUGCUGUAGCACCUAAACAUUUUCUGGGUGGCAAAUUACAGUAUGUGAAUUGUAAAGGACAGGAGGGCAAAUCAUCAUCACCAGCUGAGCUGAUGAAACAACAAAAAAUAAUUUGGACUGUAAAUCGUUCUGUGGUAGGGGAGAAAAAUGUGCUCUGGGCCCAUAAUCCCAUUCAAUAGGAAAAUUACCCAACUUUCCCUAGAUUAAUGAAUCCUGUCCAAAUGCAGUUUAUAAUUGAAUUUGUCUGCAUUGAUGAUUAAGUGUCUUAUUUUGUUUUGUGUGUCAUGUUUCAAUACUCUUGGUCAAGUUUUAACUACAGUAGCUCUCCUGUUACCGUUGGCAAAUGGCAAAUAUGUAAUAACGUAAUCUGUAAUGCAAUUUAACAAAAAAAAAAAAGACAAACCAUUUUCUUUGAAUUUCUGCUAGUAUGUUUUAUCCACGGAUUUCAUGACUACUUUACAACUUAUUAAACAGUAAUUGGUACACAAUAGACACUAUGACCUCACCCAUUGAUACCAGUAAGAUAAUACUGUACCAACAUUCGAAUAAUUGAUACCAAUCUUCCUCUGUACCGAAAAGACGGUGUGUUUCUGUAACCACUAUAACCAGAUUGAAAGCUGAAGGCAUGUGACUUCCUCUCAGUUCACUAAAAUCUAACUUCAUAAAUUUCCAAGGACUUUAGAAUCGCUUUUAUCACCAAAUGAAAUCACUGUACGUGGAUUCCUAAAAGAUUACAGUUUUUUAAGCAUUAAAGAGUUUCACUUCACUCUUUGCUCUGGUUGUAUUCAGCAUUAAAACAAAGAUUUUGCACAUUGAUCAUCAAAAGCAGGAGUAGAUUACUUAACUUGUCAAUGCAAUAAUACGAUUUGAGUGCUUGUUACUAAGCUGCCCAGUUAGUGGAGUGAAAUACAAAAGCGCAAGUUGAUGAACAAAAUCAAUAAUGAAAUUAUGACAAACAUUUAAACCAUUAAACAGUGUCAUUUGCUGCUGUCUUGUUUACUCAGCCUCUAUCUUCCGCAUUUACAAACCUUACGUUGACUCUGACUUUAAUAUUCAAUGCAUUUUUCUACUGUAACUGAUCAAACAGAACUGUCUUCCAUCGUUCUUUGUGUCAGCCUCUGGAUAUAACAUUAGCAGCCAGACUGAAUUUAGUUGGCAAGUAUUGGUUUGUUGACAAGGUCAUGUUAUCCGUUUAUUAGCACAGUGAUUCAGACCCAGCCAAGUCUCCUUAUGCUUGCCAGGUCAUUAAACACUCUCAGAGAGAGAUUUCUGGACAACAACCAAACACUGAAUCAUGCAGAGUCAAAGAGGGUUUUGUCACUGACUAUUUAGCUAAGUGAUGCAGGCUUCAGAUUAAAUACGUUGAUUGUUAUCUUUGAACUUUUUAGGCUCAUUAAAACACAUCAGUUUGGUUGUCAUGUGAGGAACUACCAAAAGUAGGCCAUGGUUUUUUCAGGUCUUAUGAUUACUAAAAUGCAUAAACAGUGUAAGUGUGAAACCCUUUUCUACAAAAUGUAUGAAAUGCCUGCUCUUUUGUAUACAAAUAUAUGGAUUUCUUCUUCUUUGGGGGUUUCAGUUCAGAGUUAACAAUUGCUUUUGUUAACUCUGUUGACUACUUAACAAUGUCAAGCAUAUGAAUAUGCAAUAGUGAAGAAGAAUUGUGCAAGAAAAAAAUAACCCAAGCAUCUUAAAAUACAAGUACAUACAUGUUCAGCAUGAACGAUGCGUCCCACAUAGAAGGGAAGCAAGGGGAGUGGAUCUUUUCUCUUUUCUGGAGGUGGGGGACCAGAUAUACGGUUGCCAAACCAACCAGUUAAUCUUCAUCAUUGAAGCUUUCUCUAAUAAAAUCAAACCAUACUGUUUGAACAUGGCGCCACCCGUAGCUCACCUUGUAAAACAUGUACGAUGUAUCAAGACUGUGUCCUUACCGCAGAAGCCUGGGUUCGAUAUCCGGCUCGGGCCCUUUGCUGCACAUCAUCCCCUUUCUCUCUCCCCUACUUUUCCUGUCCCUCUCCAGCUAUCACUAUCAUAAUGAAGCAGAAUAAUAAUCUACUUAAUACUUGAAGACCAACUGGUUGGUUUGGCAAAUGUUCAUCAGGGGAUGAGACGGUCCCAAACAGGGCUUCCCAUAAACCACAGUGGGUUUGGGUUUGUCAUGUUCUACCCAUUGAGUUACACAGUAGUAAACAUCAAACGUUGUCUUUUAAAGGUUCAUAUAUGCAGUGUGAAUGUCAACCAAAGAGAUGUGCAAAACUAUUGUUUCCUGGUUUGUUUUGAAUGGUACAAGUGAAAUGUUAACAAUUUCUCUGCCAUACUGUAUGUUGUUUUGUUUGGUACCAAUCAAUCACAAAAUCACAUCAGCUACAGUGAAUUUCUGCUUUCGCCUGACUGGAAUAAAAAUGGAAAUGUAAUUUGUUAUUUUAUGCUUGGCAACAUCAAUUAGUGUCAGAAAACAUCUCAAGAAGUUCAGUUUCAGAAGUCACACUUGAUGCAUUUAAAGCUUAACUCUUCAGUGGAACUUAAUCUGUUUCAAACGAAAGUCUCUUAUCAGCAUUGCAGAUACCGUGUUGUGUUUUACAUUUAAUCUUCUAAAAAGAAAUUAGUUUCAUCACUGUUGCACGCUUCCUGUGAGGUAGAUGAGAACAGCAAAUCAGAGCAGCGGCAAAAGAAGUUUGUUGUAACACAGUUGACCACCAAAUUCAUCUGAUUCUUUGUUUGAGCCAAGCUUGGAUGUUUGCACAGUUGUGUCAACAUGAAUGCAUCCCAGAUUAAGUGCAAUCCUGGCUUUCAUCAUCCCUAAACUCAUUUUAGCAACUCUGUCAUCAGUGUGUUAAAUUAUCUGUUCAGCCCUGAAAGUUUCAUUUCCAAACUUCCUUUAAUGAGUUGAUGGGUCAGGCUGUCUGUUCUGUAACUGAAGUCGGGCUAAAGAUUUUCCUAGUCAACUAGUAGUCGUUAGUUCAAGCCAUUAGCCGACACUGUGCUACAUUACAGAGAAAUAACAGGAAACAACCAGCAAAGACUUCGACACGAUGGAUUAUGUAUAAUGUUACUAAUGUUAACUCGCUGUGAACUCACCCCUCUCCUGCUCGGUUGGUUGUUUUCUUUUCUGCGACUAACUGCCCAAUGAAAACUCUUCUCAUUGGAACGGUUUAGUCAGCUAUUAGGGGGAAGUCCUAAACUGAAGCUUAUUAACAUUAUGUAAAGGGUAAAGACAUGGGUGAUUAAUUUUAGUGGAUAAAGUCAACAGAGGAACCGGCUUUUGUACAGGUGCAGAUAUCCUUACAAAUGAGCCCCCCCUGACAAUCAGCCUCACAAAAACCGUGUGUUGAGGACAAAGAUACCAGAUGUAACGAAGGAUGAGACAUCCCAGUACACAAAUAGACAACAGCACCAAUAGGUAAAACCUGGGGUGGCCAUUCAGAUUCCAGGAGGUGGCUGUCAUGCCAGAAUCAGAAGGUGAUAGCUAGUUGGCUUAUUGGUAUCUUGGGUGAAUUACUGAGUGGGCGUACCAGACCACCUCUUUAUGAAGUGACCGAUAACAUUUCUUGUUGCGCAGUAAAUCAAACAACUACAAAAAAGAUGUAAAACGAUUGUUGCCAAGAACCCAGGCUUAACACUGAUUUUACAAAUGUGCACUGUGCCCAAGUUCCCAACCCACCCCUUUCAAAAGUUUUUAAACCUGCCCCUGGGUAAAGCCACUUGUCCAUUUUUCGUUCACCAUUAAGAACAUGAAACAUAUCCUAAAAUUGAAAACCUCAUGUCAUUACGUCAAGGUUACAUUUUCACCACAGUGUAUCACACUACUUUCUGUUUCUACUUGUGUUUCCUCUGGUCCUAAUUCUUUCCUGGUGGGGAAAACUUUUCGGAUUAGUGACAUACAGUAUCCUCAGGCUCGUCUUCCUGUAUACCAUAUAUACCUGCUUAGCUUUUCCUCUGCUGUGACAUUAAAAACGCUGUGAGACUGCAUGUUGAUUUCUGAUAUUGUGCCAUGUGAAACCUAAGACCUCAUUUUGAAGUACUGUAUUACAGCUGGAGUGUGAGAGGAGAGCAUGGCAGGGAGGAAACUGAAAGAUGAAUUACCGUCUUCUGAAACUGAUAUGGAAACCUGGUAAUGUGUUGAUUUACCACCUAUCAUUUGUAGGUGUUAAAAUACAGAAACUGUUGUGACAUUCAGGGUUUUACUGACUCACAUCAACACUGCUGGAGCCGCUGUACUUGUUUGAGCUUUUAGAAUUAAUGGAACAGGAGAAUCAUUCAGAGUCUAUGAUAUAUAAACAGGAAAAUAAACAUUUAUAUAAUAGUUUUAUCAUUGGAAUUGAUGAAAAGAUAGAACACCCGGAGGGGACCCAGAGACACCGUGGGGUGUUAUGCUUUGCUGAAAAUGCUGUACAGAAAUGCAUCUGUUGGAGCCUGUUCAUGCAGAAAGAAACUAAUCUGAACGACUCCAAAUGACCCAGUACAACUGUAGCAGCAUGAUGUCUUUUUUGUUAUACUUUUAUUGUACACUGAAAAUAUUGUAAUUAUUCUGUUUAAAUUGGUUUUAAAUGCUUUAAACUGCUGUAAAUAAAGCUUUUACAUCUUUUUACAUAAAA